AUGGACAGAGGAGCCUGGUGGGCUAUGCUGCUGUUAGCGGGGCCUGGGGGCUGCCUGAGCCGCCAGGAGCUCUUUCCUUUCGGCCCCGAGCAUGGGGACCUGGAGCUGGAGGCCGGAGACGACCUCGUCUCUCCAGCCCUGAAGCUGAGCACCGCGCUCCACUUCUUCGACAGAUCCGACAUCGACUCGGUCUACGUCACCACAAAUGGCAUCAUUGCCAUGAGUGAACCCCCAGCCAAAGAAACCCACCCUGGGCCCUUCCCACCAACCUUUGGAGCAGUCGCCCCUUUCCUGGCAGACUUGGACACAACAGAUGGCCUGGGGAAGGUCUACUAUCGGGAAGACUUGUCUCCCUCUGUCACUCAGCUGGCUGCAGAGUGUGUCCAGAGAGGGUUCCCAGAAGUCUCUUUCAAGCCCAGUAGUGCGCUGGUUGUCACUUGGGAAUCCGUUGCUCCCUACCAAGGGCCUAGCAAGGACCCCGCCCUGGAAGGCAAGAGAAACACAUUCCAGUCCAUUCUGGCCUCCUCUGAUUCCAGCACCUAUGCCAUUUUCCUUUAUCCUGAGGAUGGUCUGCAGUUCUACACGACGUUCUCAAAGAAGGAGGAGAACCAGGUUCCUGCGGUGGUUGCUUUCAGCCAAGGUUUAGUAGGAUUAAUAUGGAAGAGUGACGGAGCUUAUAAUAUAUUUGCUAAUGACAGAGAAUCAAUUGGAAAUCUGGCCAAGAGCAGCAACUCUGGGCAACAGGGCAUCUGGGUGUUUGAGAUUGGGAGUCCGGCCACGGCCAGUGGCGUGGUCCCCGCGGACGUGAACCUGGGACUGGAUGAUGGAGCAGAGUACGAUGAUGAGGAGUAUGACUCAGUGACGCGUCUGGGCCUGGAGGACGUGGUUACUACAUCCUUCCCUUAUGAGGCCCCAAGAGGGGGAGACGGUGGCACCUACAACACGCCCAGGGACCUCGCCCCCCGCCGCAUGGCUACUGAGAGACCCCUCACACCUCCCACGGAGAGGACCAGAUCUUUCCAGCUGCCCGGGGAGAGGUUUCCCCAGCAGCAGCCACAAGUCAUAGAUGUGGAUGAAGUCGAGGAAACAGGAGUUGUGUUCAGCUACAACACGGACUCCCGGCAGACGUGCACCAACAACAGACACCAGUGCUCUGUGCACGCGCAGUGCAGGGACUUUGCCACCGGCUUCUGUUGCCACUGUGUUGCUGGCUACACGGGGAACGGCCGGCAGUGUGUUGCAGAAGGUUCCCCUCAGCGAGUUAACGGCAAGGUGAAAGGGAGGAUCUUUGUGGGGGCCAGCCAGGUUCCCAUUGUCUUUGAGAAUACUGACCUCCAUUCUUACGUGGUCAUGAACCAUGGGCGGUCCUACACGGCCAUCAGCACCAUUCCUGAGACUGUCGGGUACUCUCUGCUUCCUCUGGCCCCAAUUGGAGGCAUCAUUGGAUGGAUGUUUGCAGUGGAGCAAGAUGGAUUCAAGAAUGGCUUCAGCAUCACAGGCGGGGAGUUCACCCGCCGGGCUGAGGUGGCCUUCGUGGGGCACCCGGGCAAGCUGAUCAUCAAGCAGCAGUUCAGUGGCAUCGAUGAGCACGGACACCUGACCAUCAGCACGGAGCUGGAGGGCCGCGUGCCGCAGGUCGCCUUCGGCUCCAUGGUGCACAUCGAGCCCUACACAGAGCUCUACCACUACUCACGGCAGGUGAUCACAUCAUCCUCCACCCGGGAGUACACGGUGACGGAGCCCGAACGAGAUGGCACUGCCCCUUCGCACGUCCACACUUACCAGUGGCGCCAGACCAUCACCUUCCAGGAGUGCGUCCAUGACGACUCCCGGCCGGUCCUGCCCAGCACCCAGCAGCUCUCCGUGGACAGCGUGUUUGUCCUGUACAACCAGGAGGAGAGGAUCCUGCGCUAUGCUCUCAGCAACUCCAUUGGCCCCGUGAGGGAUGGCUCCCCUGAAGCCCUUCAGAAUCCUUGCUACAUCGGCAGUCAUGGGUGUGACACCAACGCAGCCUGUCGCCCUGGCCCAGGGACCCAGUUCACCUGCGAGUGCUCCAUCGGCUUCCGAGGAGAUGGACGGACCUGCUACGAUAUCGACGAAUGUUCAGAGCAGCCCUCGGUGUGUGGCAAUCACGCAGUCUGCAAUAACCACCCAGGAACCUUCCGCUGUGAGUGUGUGGAGGGCUACCGGUUUUCAGAGGCAGGAACAUGUGUGGCUGUCAUGGACCAGCGCCCCGUCAACUACUGCGAGACUGGCCUCCAUGACUGUGACAUCUCCCAGCGGGCCCAGUGCAUCUACACCGGCGGCUCCUCCUACACCUGCUCCUGCCUCCCAGGCUUCUCUGGGGAUGGCCGAGCCUGCAAAGAUGUGGAUGAAUGCCAGCCAAGCCGAUGCCACCCCGAUGCUUUCUGCUACAACACGCCAGGGUCCUUCACGUGCCAGUGCAAACCUGGUUACCAAGGAGACGGCUUCCAUUGUGUGCCUGGAGAAGUGGAGAAAACCCGAUGCCAGCGUGAGCGGGAACACAUCCUUGGGGCGGUGGACUCCCAGCGGCCCCGGCCGCCUGGGCUCUUCGUCCCCGAGUGUGACGAUCACGGACACUACGCGCCCAUCCAGUGCCACGGCAGCACUGGCUACUGCUGGUGUGUGGACCGCGACGGCCGGGAGGUGCAGGGGACCAGGACAAGGCCCGGGAUGAGGCCACCGUGUCUGAGUACAGUGGCUCCUCCAGUUCACCAUGGACCCCCAGUUCCUACUGCUGUGAUCCCCCUGCCUCCUGGGACCCACCUACUCUUCGCCCAGACAGGGAAGAUAGAGCAUCUUCCUCUGGAGGGAAGCACCAUGACCAAGUCGGAAGCCAAGACACUGCUUCACGCCCCGGACAAAGUCAUCAUUGGACUGGCCUUCGACUGUGUGGACAAGAUGGUUUACUGGACCGACAUCAGUCACCCUUCCAUCGGGAGAGCCAGUCUGCAUGGCGGAGAGCCAGCCACCAUCAUUCGACAAGAUCUUGGAAGCCCUGAAGGCAUUGCUCUUGACCACCUUGGGCGCAACAUCUUCUGGACCGAUUCUCACCUGGAUCGGAUAGAAGUUGCGAAGCUAGAUGGGACCCAGCGCCGCGUGCUGUUUGAGACUGAUUUGGUGAAUCCCAGAGGCAUCGCAGCAGAUUCUGUGAGAGGGAAUCUUUAUUGGACAGAUUGGAACAGAGAUAACCCCAAAAUUGAAACUUCCUACAUGGAUGGCACAAACCGGAGGAUCCUGGUGCAGGAUGACCUGGGCUUGCCCAACGGGUUGACCUUCGACGCCUACUCAUCUCAGCUCUGCUGGGUGGAUGCAGGCACCCAUCGGGCCGAGUGCCUGAAGCCUGGUCAGCCCAACAGACGCACGGUUCUUGAAGGGCUGCAGUACCCUUUUGGGGUUACGAGCUUCGGGAAGAAUCUGUACUACACAGACUGGAAGACGAAUUCUGUGGUCGCUGUAGAUCUCGCCAUUUCCAAAGAGACGGAUUCCUUCCACCCCCACAAGCAGACCCGGCUCUAUGGCAUCACCUCAGCCCUGUCUCAGUGUCCUGAAGGUCACAACUACUGCUCGGUGAACAACGGCGGCUGCACGCACCUCUGCCUGGCCACCCCAGGAAGCAGGACCUGCCGUUGCCCUGACAACACCCUGGGAGUUGACUGUAUCGAGCAGAAAUGA